CCCACCCUCUUCUCCCAUAUAUUUAUAUAUAAAUAAACGAGAGUACCAGUCCUUACAACAUUACCAGUUUGGAUCGAAAUUCAAGAAAUGGGAUCUCUGUUUACCUCAUUAUUAUUAUACUUGUCAUUUUUUUUGUUUUUUUACCACAUAAAAGCCACUUCUUUUCUCAAUUCCUCUAAGGCCACUUCUUGCAAUUUCUUCAAAGGCAAAUGGGUAUACGAUCAAUCUUACCCUCUUUACAACCCUGCUACAUGUCCUUUCCUAGAUCCUGAAUUCGAUUGUGUCAAAUAUGGAAGACCAGAUAGGUCUUAUCUCAAGUACCGGUGGCAGCCUUUCAGCUGCAACCUUCCCAGGUUUAAUGGGGUGCAGUUUUUGGAGAAGUGGAGAGGGAAGAGGUUUAUGUUUGUGGGUGACUCACUGAGUUUCAAUAUGUGGAUCUCACUGAGUUGCAUGAUCCACUCGUGGGUGCCUAAUGCGAAGUAUAAUUUAGUCAAAACUGGUGGUGUUCUUACUGAACUUACGUUUCAGGAUUACGGACUAAAGAUAUCAGUAUAUCGUACAACCACCAUAGUCGACAUUGUGAACGAAAAAGCGGGUCGGGUACUAAAACUAGAUUCGAUCCGUCAAGGAAACGCGUGGAAGGGUAUGGAUGUACUAAUUUUUAACUCGUGGCAUUGGUGGACUCAUACAGGACGUGACCAACCAUGGGAUUACAUAGGGGAAGGAGGGAAAGUGUAUAAAGACAUGAAUAGGCUCGUGGCAUACUAUAAAGGGAUGACAACAUGGUCGAGAUGGGUCAAUCGCUUCGUUGACCCUUCGAAAACCAAAGUUUUCUUCCAAGGCAUUUCUCCCGUCCAUUACGAUGGAAGGGAUUGGAAUCAACCAUCGAAAUCAUGCAAGAGUGAAACUCAACCAUUCUUCGGUUUACGAUAUCCUGCUGGCACACCCAUGGCAUCUCUUGUACUUAAUAAAGUCAUGAGCCGACUCAAGAAACCUGUCUACUUGUUAGACAUCACAACACUGUCUCAAUACAGAAAGGAUGCUCACCCGAUUUACUAUAGUGGCAACCACAUUGGCCUAGAUUGUAGCCAUUGGUGCCUACCUGGCUUACCAGAUACAUGGAAUGUAAUUCUCAAUGCAGCCCUCUCCGGUUAAAGACCGUGAGACGAUUGAUUUCACAUUAGAAACACUUCCUAUACGUUUACAUGCGUGAUUUAUUAGUCAUAGUCUUGAUGGCUUCAUUAGUUUCCAUUUUUAUACAGCUUGGUUCGUAAUUGUCUAUGAAAUAAAGAGGGCAUAGAAAUUAUUCAUUUGUAAAAUCUCGAAAUUUGAUUGUAUUUAUAUUCUACUAAAGAAAAUCAGAG